CCCCUAAACUCAAAUCAAAACAGUCGUCUGCCAUGCCAUGAUGCCAUCCGCGUGUACGGCGUGUAUUUGAAAUCAACAAUAGCGUAAGCGAUAAAACCAAAGUUUGUAUAGGUAGUUAUUUCCAUAAUUAUUUCUUGGUACUUGGAUUGUGAUUUCGAUGAGCUAUGGUUUGGUUUUCUUUCUCAUCAUCAGUUUUGAUUUCUUAUUCUACAUUGAAACAGAAAAUUGACGAGCAACAGUAAACAGUUCUUAUCAUCCACCAACCAUAAUUAUUUCAUUGCGGAAAUAAAGAAAAGGAUGAGUCAAAGUACUUUUAUCGCUGGACCGAAAUGUACUUGUGUAAUGUGUUGGAGUCCAGGUGAAGAUUAUUCUGAAAGCAUUCCAAGCAGUUCAACAUGGAGAAUUGAACGGCCGUAUGAAUUGAACCAUCGACGUGUUGCUCGAAGAUUUGAUUCAAGUUCUCAAAAAAGGACAGAAAAGAGUACGUCGCGUCGGCGUCGUUGUGUUAUAUGUGGAACCAUAAAUUCAAAAAAGCACUCUCUUCUUUCAAUUCCCGAUAAUGAGAAAAUUAGAGCAAAAUGGUUUAGAAAUAUCGGUAUAAAAAAUGACGAUCUGAAAAAUAAACGCGGGGAUAACGUAUUGUUUCUAUGCGAUAUCCAUUUUGCUAAUGAAGAUUUUCUGGUUCUUCGUAACGGGAGUUGUCGAAAAUUACGAAAAGGAGCUGUACCCUUCAAAGCAUCGGCGAACACGAAUAAGAAUCAGGCGUCCUGGUUUAUAGAAAUAAACGACGAUGAGGCGUCGGAUGAUGAGGUGUGCUUUGUUUCAUCGUGCAUUCCAAAAAAUGUCCUACAUGUGAAGAUUGAAGAUGAUGAUGAUGAAGAUGAAAGUCCGAAAAUUACGCUUUCGCAACAACCAGUUCAGAAUACCGAAGCAGUUCACUCUAUUACCGAAACUCAAAAUACUGCAGACGAAAUAUCUAUUAAUCAGUUAACUUCAUCUAAAUUCGUUGAAACAGUCAUUCCUGAGCAAAUUGUUCAUGAAGAUAAAGAGGGAGAGAGUGCAAAAAAACCGAAUCUAAGAGUCACUUCCUUCUCUGAAACGAUAGUAAUCGACAAUGCAUCUUAUCGGUCGACUGUCUCUUCAUCAAGGGAUGAAACCCCCACUCUUGUUAUCAUUGACGACGAAGAGUAUGAAAAACCGAAUUCAAAAGAUCCCGCUUCUCACAAGCCACCUCAAAGUUCUAAAGCUGGGUUCGUUUCUGGUGCAAAAACUGUCUUCGGUGAUGAAACAUGCAAUCAGUCUAAUAUUUCUUCAUUCAAUACGGUGUUAGUCGCAGUUCCUACCAGUCAAGACAUGACUCAUGAAGGUUCUGAAAAUUCAAAUUCUCUCCGAAAUAUGGUGGAGUAUCUUUUGAAACGUGUCAAUCGAUUGGAAGAGGAGAAAAAUGAAAUGAAUAAAAAAUUAACGAACCAUCAAAACCUGCUGAAUGAUUUGAUUAAUAAAAGAGAUCGCUGAUGAGAAAAUAACCAAAAAGGAAUUUUCACGGAACGAAUAAAGGUAUGAAGAACUAAUACAGGCAGUUAGCAGCAAAUUUGACUAGUUUGUAAUAUCAUCGUGAUCAUUUAAUUAAUUCUUUAAAAGGUUACCUUGCUCCCCGUUUGUUCUUUGAUAGAUAUCUAGAAUAGGUGUAUGCGAUUAAUAAACUGUAUAAUGUUA